CCCAUGUGAGCCCCAGCCGCGGGGUGCCGGCCCGCGGCGCAGAAGGCUGCGCACCCUCCCUCCGGGCGUGUGCCCCGACAGCGGCGGCGGCAGCAGCUGAGGGAGGAGGUCGUCGGGCAGCGCUGGAGUAAGCGGGAGGCAUGGUGUCCUGGCGGCGGAGGCCAGGUCCCGGCCUUGCGCGGCUGUGGGGCUUGUGCUGCCUGGUGCUGGGCUGCUGGCGGGGCGCGCUAGGCUGCCCCGCGUCCUGUCGCUGCAGUUCCUGGCGGAUCUGGUGCUCGGAGCCAGUGCCGGGCAUCGCCUCCUUCCCCGUGCCGCAGCGGAGCGCCGAGGAUGACAAUGUCACCGAGAUUUACAUCGCAAACCAGAGAAAAUUAGAAAGUAUCAAUGACAAUGAAGUUGGAUUUUACGUUGGACUUAAAAAUCUGACUGUGGUGGAUUCAGGCUUAAGAUUUGUGUCCCGUCAGGCAUUUGUGAAAAACGUCAACCUACAAUACAUCAAUUUAUCUAGAAACAAGCUCUCAAGUUUGUCCAAGAAGCCUUUUCGCCAUCUGGGUUUGUCUGAUCUGAUACUGGUGGACAAUCCAUUCAAGUGUUCCUGUGAAAUUAUGUGGAUUAAGAAAUUUCAAGAGACCAAGUUUUACACAGAAGCUCAGGAUAUAUAUUGCAUAGAUGACAAUAACAAGCGGACAGCCUUGAUGGAUAUGAAGGUCCCGAACUGCGACUUACCCUCAGCAAACUUAAGCAAUUACAACAUCACUGUGGUGGAAGGAAAGAGCAUCACACUGUACUGUGAUACAACCGGAGGGCCACCCCCUAAUGUGUCCUGGGUGCUCACUAAUCUUGUUUCAAACCAUGAGAGUGAUACAAGUAAGAAUCCUGCCUCGUUAACCAUAAAGAAUGUUUCAUCCAUGGACAGCGGACUGUGGAUUUCGUGUGUGGCGGAGAACAUUGUGGGAGAGGUCCAAACCUCUGCAGAACUGACGGUAUUCUUUGCACCAAAUAUCACAUUUAUUGAAUCUCCAACCCCGGACCACCACUGGUGCAUUCCAUUCACUGUGAAAGGGAACCCUAAGCCCACAUUGCAGUGGUUCUAUGAAGGAGCUAUAUUGAAUGAGUCUGAAUACAUCUGUACUAAAAUACAUGUUAUCAAUCAAAGUGAAUACCAUGGCUGCCUGCAGCUGGACAACCCAACCCACCUGAACAAUGGUGCUUAUACCUUACUGGCCAAGAAUGAGUAUGGAGAAGAUGAAAAGCGGGUUGAUGCUCAUUUCAUGUCGGUGCCUGGAGAUGGUAGUGGCCCAAUUGUGGAUCCAGACGUUUAUGAGUAUGAAACCACGCCUAAUGAUCUUGGAGACACCACAAAUAACAGUAAUCAAAUCACUUCUCCGGAUGUUUCCAACAAAGAGAAUGAAGAUAGCAUCACUGUGUAUGUUGUGGUGGGAAUUGCAGCACUGGUAUGCACUGGCUUAGUAAUAAUGCUCAUUAUUCUGAAGUUUGGAAGACACUCUAAGUUUGGGAUGAAAGGUCCUUCUUCAGUUAUCAGCAAUGACGAUGAUUCAGCCAGUCCUCUCCAUCACAUCUCAAAUGGCAGUAACACUCCGUCCUCUUCUGAGGGAGGUCCUGAUGCGGUCAUCAUUGGGAUGACAAAGAUUCCUGUCAUUGAAAAUCCCCAGUACUUUGGAAUUACCAACAGUCAGCUCAAACCAGAUACUUUUGUUCAGCACAUCAAGCGCCACAAUAUUGUUCUUAAAAGAGAACUGGGAGAAGGAGCCUUUGGAAAAGUGUUUCUGGCAGAAUGUUACAACCUCUGUCCCGAACAGGACAAGAUCUUGGUAGCAGUGAAGACUUUGAAGGAUGCCAGUGACAAUGCCCGUAAGGACUUCCACCGUGAGGCAGAGCUGCUGACUAACCUGCAACAUGAGCACAUCGUCAAGUUCUAUGGUGUCUGUGUUGAGGGUGAUCCACUCAUCAUGGUCUUUGAGUACAUGAAGCAUGGAGAUCUGAACAAAUUCCUCAGGGCACAUGGUCCAGAUGCAGUACUGAUGGCAGAAGGCAACCGACCAGCUGAGCUGACGCAGUCCCAGAUGCUUCAUAUUGCCCAGCAGAUUGCAGCUGGUAUGGUAUACCUGGCAUCACAGCACUUCGUGCAUCGGGACCUUGCUACUCGGAAUUGCCUGGUUGGUGAGAACCUACUGGUGAAGAUUGGGGAUUUUGGGAUGUCUAGAGAUGUGUACAGCACAGACUACUACAGGGUUGGGGGUCACACCAUGCUCCCCAUUCGCUGGAUGCCUCCAGAAAGUAUUAUGUACAGGAAGUUCACUACUGAAAGUGAUGUCUGGAGCCUGGGAGUUGUAUUAUGGGAAAUCUUUACCUAUGGCAAACAGCCAUGGUACCAGCUCUCAAACAAUGAGGUGAUUGAGUGCAUCACUCAGGGCCGAGUCCUUCAGCGACCUCGCACGUGCCCCAAGGAAGUGUAUGACUUGAUGCUGGGAUGUUGGCAACGGGAACCUCACAUGAGGCUCAACAUCAAAGAAAUCCACUCCCUCCUUCAGAACUUGGCCAAGGCAUCUCCAGUCUACCUGGAUAUUUUAGGCUAAAGUCUCAUAGCAUUUCUUCUUAUGGGCUGUGUGAAUGAAUGUGUUCUACUGCCGCUGAACUCCAUUAAAAUGUGUUCUUAACUUUGACAGUAUUAAUGACAAAGUUGUGGAGAAGCUUUUAAAGGGCAAGCAAUGUACACUUCUCCAUCUGUGACACAGUAUUGACUUUUUAGACAUUACUGAGACGUAUCUUUUCUCUCUCUUCCUCUUUCAGUUUCUAUCAUCUUUUUCUUCUUUCCUGUCUUUCUAAUCAAUUUGGCUUCUGCAUUAUUGUAACUCUGCAUAGACAAAGGCCUUAAAAACCUGAUCUGUUAUAUCAGCAGACUCUCCAGUUUGCCCAUCACAACUAACAAUGCCUUGUUGUAUUCAUGCCUUUGAUGUGGAUGAAAAAAAGGGAAAAUAUAUUUGAUUCGAACUUUGUGAUGUCUGCUGUAAAGAUACUGAGAGUUUCUAUGGAUUCACCUCAAUUUUUUUGCUUCAGCAUGUGGGUGGAAAAAGAAGACUGGCAUUCUUUACAUGAAGAGUAUUCCUUGCAGAGAAAAAGCCAGAUGGAAACAAGACAGUGUUGUGUGAUCCACUAUCUGGAGGAACUGUGGGAUCAGAUGGCAUCAAACCCCACUGAAAACAUUGAAAUGAUUUGAUGGAAGGCAAGAGGAGGUUUAGCACUUUCCCUGGAGAGUCUUUCUGAGGAGUAAGGGGAUUCAAGGAGGUACUUUGCCAGUACCUUUCAUUGCCAGAUACAAGCUUAUGUUAAAAGGGAAAAAGAUGCUGCCAGCACUGCACGCAAUUAUGUUGCAAUGUGAUAAGUGAACACAUGCCCUUACUUUGUCUUCUAGUAGGAUAUUGUCAUGCCACUGAUACAUAAAUGUUCUCCAGCAAGUCUUUUUAAAUAAAGGCUGAAGCUAGGCUUACUAAUGUACAGUAGUAAUUUCAGGAUCGCACAACGAAACUAAGGAUUUUGAUAAGACAGGACAAGCUAUGGAUGCUGGGGCAGAUGUAUCUUACACUCUGCUUGUCCAGAAGCAUACUCUUUUUUUUUCAAACCAUGCAAGCAAAACGUUGCAUGGUCUCCGUCAAUUAAUGCCCUUUGUGCAGAACUGUCACUCAUCUUGUAAAACACCUUAGUAGGCAUAGCGAACUCAUAAUGGUAUAACUUAUAUUUCAUUGAAAGGGGAUAAUCAAAGACAUUAGCUAUGUUAAAAUGCCUUUACAAUGUUACAGAUACAAUAGACUGAUACUACAUGAGUAAUCUAAAGCAUGGACAUCACUGGUUAUAUUUGAGCCAUGGCAGGGGAUAAAGUGAGAUACCUGGGGAAAACAAAUUACUCUGAGGUUAUGGCUCAUUUCUCAGAGUGCAAAGACCUUGAGCUCAGCACCAUGUUUGUACUGGUAUUAGUGCUGUCAUUACCAACAUCCCGUCUUUCUUAAAUAAUUUCUUUUUUGUUGGAUGGGCACUGUGUGUGUACUUUUGCAUGGCCACUGUGUUGAUGACAAGUGCAUGGGCAUAUCUGUUAUUUUUCAAACCGGAAGUUGAAGAUUUCAAAUUUAGAGUUAGGAUUAUUUUUAAUAUGAAUUCUUACAAAAGACCUACCUUAUCUAUUCCUCAAUACUUUUGCCUCCCUCUGUGAGGGGGCGUUACUGCAAAAAA